GGCUGAAUAAGAAGCGUGGAUAUAAAAAAUAUCGGGAUCGUACUAUCAACAGCAGGGCAGACAACCGACAGCUGUCAUCCUUUUAACUCACUAUACUGCAAGAAGUCAGCCUCGAUCAGACCGCUGGGUGCGUUUUGAUUAAACACGCAGUUGCCGAUGAUCCAAGAUUGACCACACGUCUCAGCUUGAGAGCAGGCUUUAGAGCACGAUGCCAGCAAGCAGAGCCAAAGACUGGAUUAAAAUACACUGACCAGGAGCAGAUACCUGUACACUGUGUACCCCAUGCUGAUUACACUGCCAAAGACAAAGCAGCUAGUCCCUACAUUUCAGGAUUUUUAAAAAAUCGUGUAACUAAAAAAAUGUGACUUCGCAGACUUCCUUUUAGUAUCUCCUGGUUGGAUCCACCUGUGGUUCUCUGAUUCCCUGACAUCUCUGUGUACUGUGAGAGCUGUAUUAUCUGGAUAAACAGUAAAGAAACAUGGCUAAAACCUCAGAGAUCAUCAACCUGUCUUUCCUCCUGGAUAAUGAGAAGGAGAUAAUUCUCGGAGUCCUGGAGAAAGAUGAAAACCUAAGAAAACGGGAAGAGAAGAGGAUACGGAAGCUGAAGAACGAGUUGCUGGAGAUCCGCAGGAAGGGCGGGACCAGGUGGCACAAGCACCAGCAGCAGAGCGAUCGGGUGUGCGUCCGCUGCCAGAAGAGCCUGGGCCUCAUCUUCGACAGAGGGGAGGUGUGUGAGGAGUGCCAGCUCCGAGUGUGCAAGGAAUGCCGCGUAGUUUUGGCGAACAGCACGUGGAAGUGCACCAUCUGCGCUAAAAUCUCGCAGCUGAGGGUGGUGACUGGGGAGUGGUUCUACGAGGAGAGAUCGAAGCGGUUCAUGAAGGGGAACAGCCAGGGGAGUGAAGUGGUGAAGCAGUCCAUCGCUAGGGCCCCACCAGGUAAAAGCAAAGCUGAAAAGGUGAACCUGAAAGCACAGCCGGAUCAGAAUGGUCAAGAGAAACCUGUUACCCCUACUUCCACCAGAAAUGCCCUAAGAAAUGUGAUAGAUGCUUCGAGGCACAGAGGGUUCAGAGCAGAGAAGAAAGGUGGUAUGUUGACACUUGGGAAUGGGAAUAAUUUGGACCCGAAGCCAGAGGACUCUAGAAGCAUUGGCUCAGCUUCGGAUCUGGACGCACACAGUACGCAUUCAGCAAGUCGCUCUUCAAGAGGGGGCAUUGUUGCGUUGGAAUCCUCAGGGAUGCAGACGGUGCCCAAUAAUCUCCGACCUUCUACUCCUGGGAAAUCACCGACUCUCAGCAAACGCAGCGCAGCCUCCGACUACAGCAGAAGGGGUGAUGGCGCAGAGAGUGUGGCCAGUUUUCAUUGCAGUGAAAGCUUCACAGACAACAAGUCCAGUAGAAACCACAGGAAAUCAUGUGCAGCGCCUUCAAUAGCUAUUUCCGCAGAUCGCAGCAGGUCUGAGUUGGAUAUUAGCGGACCUUAUGGAGAGAUGAAUGAGGACUCCAUAAGCAUGAGGAGUAAGUCAGUGCCAGACGAUCUCAAUGACAGCUUGGAGGAAGAUGACCUUGAUAGGAUGAUGGCAUUAAACCCACCUUCAAGCAGAGGCAGUUUGAUAGGUGGACUGUCCACGACGAGUCUGAACAGCAUGAUGAGUGUGUACAGCGAGACAGGUGACUAUGGGAAUGUGAGCAUUAGUGGAGAAAUCCUCCUCAACAUCACCUAUAGCUACAAAACCGGGGCUCUGAAUGUACUGGUGAAAGAGUGCCGCAACCUGGCCAUCGCCGACGAGAAGAAACAAACCCACCCCUACGUGAAGGCGUACCUCCUUCCGGACAAGUCUCGCCAGAGCAAGAGGAAAACGAAGCUUAAAGCCAACACGACAAAUCCAGUCUACAAUGAAACCUUAAAGUAUGUGAUCAGCCACUCUCAGCUAGAGACUAGAACCCUGCAGCUGUCAGUCUGGCACUACGACAGGUUUGGGCAUAACAGCUUCCUAGGGGAGGUGGAGAUUCCAUUCGAGUCCUGGGAGUUCGAGAACCAGACUGAAGAGUGGUUUGCGCUGCAGCCCAAGGCGGAUUCUAUGGCAGAUGCAGUCCUGCAGUAUAAAGGGGAGCUGAGAGUGGCCAUGCGGUAUAUUCCACCUGAAAGAAACCUCACGCUGCCACUGGAGCAAUUUCAGGCUAAAAAAAGUUUCUCGAAAGGAAAGAAAGGGAACACCCAGCUGCCGACAGGUGGCAUGGUGGAAGUGCAGAUCAAGGAAGCCAAAAACCUGACUGCUGUGAAGUCUGGAGGAACGUCUGACUCCUUUGUGAAAGGCUACAUGCUGCCAGACAACAGUAAAUCUUCAAAGCACAAAACUCCUGUGGUGAAGAAGAGUGUGAACCCCAGCUGGAAUCACACCUUCACCUACAGCGGUCUGCAGCCCAGCGACCUGAACAACGUGUGCCUGGAGCUGACCGUCUGGGACAAGGAGUCCCUCUCCAGCAACGUCUUCCUGGGGGGAGUGCGGCUCAACGUCGGCACUGGGUUGAGCUACGGGAAUGAAGUGGAUUGGAUGGACUCCCAAGGGGAGGAGCAGCGACUAUGGCAACGCAUGCUUGACCAGCCCGAAGCCUGCGUGGAGAGCACACUGAUGUUAAGAUCGAGCAUGGGGAAACGCAAGCCUUGAAAACACUCGCAGACUUCAAACCUUUCCUUUUCAUUUCCAGCGUUUCUUGCAAUACUGUACAAGCCCAGCUUUGAGAAGAUCUUGUGUGUGCUUGUCUCUGGUAGUUUUUUUACAGCGUUCACCCAAACGGUAUAUAUUGCAGACAUAUCCAUCGAUGUACUGUUUAGGAUUAUAUACCAUACACUAUACACCUUUAUAAACCCUUUUAUAUAAACCCCA